AGAGGGUUUGUUUGUCGUAUUUCAGAGAAAAAAGAGAAGUUGGAAGUAUUUGGCAUUGAGGUCUCCUGGUGUGAAGAUGCUGCUGUUUCUCCUUCUUCUGUUUACAUCCAUACAGAAAGACGGCCAUGCUCAACGUGUGCUCGGCCAGAAAAAGGACGACUCCUGUCACUGUGAAGUGAACUCCACCAUGUGGUCCUUUCCGACACUAAAGUACGAGACUGUGCUGCUGCAAGUUCAAACCUGCGAGGGUUCUCUGAAGAGCCUGCAGGAACAGGUAUUGCUGUCCACCAACAGUCUUCCGCAGAUUGAUGCUCAAGUUGCAAAUGUGACAGCUCGACUUCAGCCCUUUCAGUACCUACACCACCAGGGCCUGUACACCGCUCUGUCCCUGCGCCAGCUGGGCCAAGAGCUCAGCCAGCUGGAGAGCGACCUAAUUGCAAUCCACACCCAGCUGGACAACACACAGACGCAGAAACUAUCAAAAGAGGUGGGUAAACUGCGUGAAGACGUAGAAAGGAUGCAAAUCUCCGACACUGUUAACAUAAAGUCCGUGAAAGAAAAUCUGCGCUACCUGAAGAACAGUGUGGAGUCCUGCAAGACAAUCCCCAAAGACUUUAGAGGCCAGCACAGAUACUGCUUUAAGGGUCUGAUUACCAACAUCAGUGAACCUGUUACAACCAAAAUCGCUCCCCAUGGUAAGAACUACAUUUCUGGAUCAUGGGGCAGACAGGCACAGAUGGACUCAGAGGGAGAGAAGGACAGCUACUGGGUCCAACCUCUAGUCAAUGGCCACAUCUGGGGUAACACUGUCCGUGUUUACCAAACCUAUGAAGACUUCAUGGCAUCUGUCCAGCAUAAGGACUAUACCUUUGCUCCAUCCUACACUCAUGCUAACACCAUUGAGGGUCCAAGCGGCGUCCUGUACGGUGAAGCUCUGUACUAUCACUGCUUCCGCUCCGCUGACAUCUGCCGUUAUGACCUGAAGACCAAUACUGUCAAAAGGGUGACCCUUCCUGGCACUGGUGUGGGCUUCAACAACAAGUUUCCAUACUGCUACUAUGACUGCCGCACACAUAGUGACAUAGAUGUGGAGGCCGAUGAGAACGGACUGUGGGCGCUCUACGCCACCGUUGGCAACCACGGUAAUCUGGUGGUGAGCCGGUUGGUUUGGGACAGCGAAGCUGAGACUCUCAAUGUUACACAGACCUGGGAGACGAGGCUUUUCAAGAAGGCUGUGAGCAAUGCUUUCAUGUCGUGUGGCGUGAUGUACGCCACUCGUUAUGUGGACGAUUACAAAGAUGAAGUGUUCUAUGCGUUUGACACGGCCACGGGUAAAGAGGACAACUCACUUGUGCUGCCACUGGAAAAGGUAGCUAAAGGAGUGGCUAGUCUGAGCUACAACCCCAUCAACAAGCAGCUCUACAUGUAUAAUGAUGGAUAUCUUCUAGCCUAUCAAGUCUACUUUUGAUUGUAUUAAUCAUUUAUUUUCAGCAAUGCUGUUGUUGCACAACAGAAAUAUACUAAAGCUUUAAUUAACCCAGCCCUAUUCUGGUGUAAUACCUGCAACAUUGGCUAAUCAACAACUUUAGCCAAAAGCAAUAUUAGUUAAUCAACAAUGUUGGCUGAGCAACUAUAGUUAGGUAACAAUGUUGUUAUAUCAAUGAUGUCAACUAAACAACAAUCAUGACCAUGUCACAUUGUUGAUCAAUCCAUAAUGUGUGACCACCUGUCAUGUUGCCAAUCAGUAAUCCUGCAACAAUAUUAGUGAACGUUUCUUAAUCUGUAUUGUAAGAGAUUUUGCCAAACAAUGUGUUGGGAGUAUGACCAAUGUAAAAAGGGUGAAUCCUGUGGAUAAUGACUUUUUACAUCCUCUCACAACAGUGAAACAGUGAAAUAGAAGAUGGAUGGACAGUGAAAUGGAUGAGAUAUAUUUCUGCUGCAAACUUAUGCAUUCUUUUUUCUUUGUUGUGUGUAAUAGCUUUUCAGUCUAAUAAAAUUUGAUCUGCCCGUAUUAUCUGUAGUAUCUGCUGUCAUCCUAAAAAGCAACCAGAUGUAACCUGAAGAUGGGGCCAUUGUGCUAAAGUUUCAUUAAUGAAUUCAAAAAUUAUUUAAAAUUAAUUAAAUUCAAAUUGAUUUGCAAUCCUGUGAGCUUUUGUAUUUGGCUUUUCUCAUCCUGUCAUAUAGACAAAAAGAACUGCUAAUAUAUUUUACUAUACUGUAUGUCUAUGUGGCAUUGUCAUUCACAAGUUUAAUUAAACAAUUAAAAUAAUUAAAAAAUA